UUAGUCUCAGAGAAAAACAUCAUUUUCAUAUGUCCCACAGCUAGUUUUAAUACGCCUCCUUCGUUGGCAGCGAAGACCUCGCAUAUCUUUCUAGCGAUGGAACCCCCCUCGCAAGAUAGCAGUAGCUCUACUGCGCCUCCCUCGCCAACUGAUACGCGACAACAACCCAUUCGACGCGAAGUUAGAGAAGCUAGAAACGUGGAGUUGGCCCCAGAAAGUUAUCAGUCUAGUGAGACCGUGCGGAGAAGAACGGAACAGUCCUAUGGAACUCUUCAAACACCGCCGCCUGCGACCAGCAGCGCGCAAUAUUUGGGUGAAUCCACUGCUCACGACCGAUCGCAUUCAAGAACUGGAACCCAACAACCCCGUUCCCCCUUACUCGGUCCGGACCGUGGCCGACAGCGUCCUAGAAAGCCCGCUAUGCCACGCAGAGCCUCGUCGAACACGCUAGCUCCUCAUCGCGGUGAGGUGUUCUCAACGGACGACGACGUGAACGAGGUGGAGACCACUCCUGUUGCACGAUCAACACCCUUCUCUCCCAUACAAGCCUACAGUGGUGAGCCGGCAAGACCACCUUCUACACUGAGACGACGCAGCAUGGUCCCACCCGCUUUAUCCCGAGUACACUCGAGCCGUAGUGCCGGUCCCGACGAGGAAGGUAUCGAUGAGAUGUUAGAAGAGGAAGAGGAAGAGGACGAUGAAAUACAUCUACCAUCACAGCCGCAUGAAGAUACUGCAUCGCAAGAUGGACCUCCCGACGACUCUAGUGUUAUUGGAGACGAAGACGAUGAUGUUAGCGAUGCCGAGAGUUUCACCUUGAAGGACCGUCAACAAGCCAUCAACGAGACGCACCCGUUUGGUAUCAGGAUUUGGAAACCUGCGUUAUACAAGAAAGAUCGAUCAGUUCAAAAGACUGCUGAGGGUGAUAUUCAUUCAUCUCCUGGAGGUCGGGUUAGUAGUUGGUUGCUAUUCUUUAACAUCAUAUGGACAUUGGCAUUUGGUUGGUGGAUGGCCUUGUUUGCCGCCCUUGGCGCGGGAGCCUGCUUCAUCUUCGCGGCAGCUCCUAGUGGGAGAGAAUACGGUCGCGUGUUAUGGGGUUUGGCCGGUUAUCUCUUCUAUCCGUUCGGGAAGUUCGUACGACUCGAACAAGAUGAAGCAUAUCUUGAUGAGGAUCAAGGUGAGGGCCGGAGCAUUAGCGAGUAUGAACAAUGGCAAAGCGGCGACUUGGAAUAUGGCCGACUAUUCUUUGGCCCCGAGCGAAACCGUUCGAUCAUAGGGCGAUCAAGGAGAAGCAUAGACUCUGAAGCUAGCGAGACAGAUAGCCUCCUUCCACGUUCACGACGCUACGAACACUCGAUUGACCCCGGACGAAGGCUAAAGAGACGUCUUUUCGGCCGAGGACAAUGGAAUAUUGGUCGAAUUAUCUUCUUCAUCUUCUUCUGGGGUCUCAUCACGCCUUCCCUAAUCAUCACUUCCGCCAUCUGCUGGUUUCUAGUCUUCUGGAUUCCGAUGGGCAAAGUUACAAACCUCCUCUUCGAUCACCUUAGAAGGCAUCCGUUGGCUUUAUCUUUCGAGUCUGACAUCAGUAUUGCUAGGACUUCCGACGGCCCGCAUUCGUCUAUCCUUCUUUGCACGUACAGAGCCGUUGGUCCCAAGUAUUGGAAAUAUACUAUCGAUGGUACAAACAUCUUCCUCAUCAACCUCAUGGCCGUCGUUAUUUUCGUCAUCUUUGACUGGCUCGUGCUUGAUACUAUCCUCCAUAUUGACAACUUCAUAACCUCUCCUGGCUUCUUGUUCGUGGCAGGCUUGUUCUCUAUUAUCCCUCUGGCGUACUUCAUCGGCCAGGCUGUCGCAUCUAUUUCCGCCCAGUCUUCCAUGGGCCUAGGUGCAGCUAUCAAUGCCUUCUUUUCGACGAUUGUUGAGGUCUUCCUCUACUGUGUUGCGCUCAAGGAUGGCAAGGGCCAGCUAGUCGAAGGCAGCAUCAUCGGGAGCAUAUUUGCUGGUAUCCUCUUCCUGCCUGGAUUGUCUAUGUGUUUCGGUGCGAUCAAACGCAAGACUCAGCGCUUCAAUGCCCGAUCUGCUGGUGUCACCUCAACUAUGCUUAUCUUUGCUACUGUUGCUGCGUUUGGACCAACACUUUUCUACCAAAUAUAUGGCACUCACGAACUUCGAUGUCAGAGCUGCACCGAUUUCAUGUGGAACGGGGAACGAGACUGUCGCCGUUGCUACUAUUCUCAAGUCCCAGCACUCGAUGACCGUUUCUAUAUCGAGGCAGUGCGCCCAUUCUGCUAUGCGGCUGCCAUCUGUCUUUUCCUCUCAUAUGUGAUCGGUUUGUGGUUUACCCUUAGAACACAUGCCGCUGUUAUUUGGAACACCGAGAUCGAUGAGAAGAAGCAUGAGGAAAUCCAGCACCAUGCGCCACGGAUGUCUGAGGUACGGAAUCUUGCAGACUCAACAGGUACCGAUAUUCGAGACAGCAAUUUAUAUAAACGCAUUUUGGGUCAAUCAUUAAAACAAGUCGGACUAGACGAGGGUCGCCAUUCGCGUCAGCCAUCGGAGGGGUUUCCGAUAAAUGGCGGUGUUCAGACACCACACAAAGUUCCCCCGAAGGACGAGAUAGCCCCAGAUAGCAUCAGUUCAAAUGUUCAUAUUCCCGGCUUUUCCGAUGCACAGAAUAGCAGCCUUGUUCGUAGCGUCACUGAGGUGGCCGCCACAGCAGCAGCUAUUGCGGCCCGCGAUGCUCGAGGAGGGUCACGUCGUUUCUCCAGCCAACCAUCAAACGCAGGAGCCAGCACUUCGGCAGCGCGUCCUACUCCUAUUCGCUCGUCCACUUUUCCUAUUGAUCCGGAGGAAGUUGGUGAGCACUCCCAAGCUGCUCAAGGUGGAGGGCAUGAUGCGCCAAACUGGAGCCGGACGAAGAGUUCAGUCAUUCUGAUGGGUGCUACUGUUCUCUAUGCAAUCGUCGCCGAGAUCUUGGUGGACACAGUAGAUGUUGUCUUGGACAAUUAUGCAAUCGACCCGAAAUUCCUCGGUAUUACAUUAUUCGCUCUGGUACCCAAUACCACCGAAUUUUUGAACGCUAUUUCUUUCGCCAUGAAUGGCAACAUUGCGUUGUCAAUGGAGAUCGGUUCAGCAUACGCCCUACAAGUCUGCCUUCUCCAGAUCCCCGCUCUAGUUUUCUUCUCGGCAGUAUAUCCUCUGCAGCCAACAGGCGACACAGAUCCCACGCACUGGACCUUCAGUCUCCUAUUUCCACAGUGGGACAUGGUCACUGUUAUCUUGUGUGUGUUCCUGCUAAGCUAUAUGUACGGCGAAGGGAAGAGCAACUACUUCAAGGGCAGCAUUCUAAUCCUAACGUAUUUGGUCGUUGUGAUUGGAUUCUACUUCUCUAGCUACACAGACGCUAAGAUGGGCCAGGCGGGUGUGAGCCGAUUCGACACCCUUGGACCAAACGGCGUCUGGCAGAGCUAUAAAACGAUUGGGCAGGGAACCGGCGGACGAGCAUAUGAGGCGGGUGUGGAUUUUUAAAAGCUUGUCGCAACUUGGUUUGACGAGCUUUCUCCUUUUUUUGUAACAUGGCCGCGAUCGGUUCGCGGGUAUCCAGAUCGCGAUUUUUGACUCUACGUAAUUGUGAUAUCCCUACCUAGUUACCCCUUCUUCCUUUUUUUUUUGCUCAUGUUACGGUCACUGCAUAAUUAGGUG